CACUGCUUCGUUGCUAUUCUAUGACAGCAUGUAUAAAUCAAUGUGUUGGUAGUCCAGCCUCAGGAGGAGGGUUUCUUCAUGUCAUGUGUCUUCGCCUCCGUUCACCUCACGUUAGCCAACUAACUUAUUUAGCAAAACAUGCUAUGAUGUAGUGAACCGUCGUGUUGUGUUUUAAUUCAUUAUGGCCAAUAUACGAAUCACACUACUGAUUUUAUUCAACUGCAUGGUCGUGUACAGAAGCUGCGAAGCUCUUCUGUGCAACUGCACCACUGCGCUGUGUAAGAAGACGGGCUUCCGGUGUGAGACAGAUGGGGCUUGCAUGGCCUCCCUGUCCCUCAUCCAUGGUGAAGAGCAGCACGUUCGUACAUGCAUCACCAGAGACAAACUUGAACCUCCAGGAAAACCCUUCUACUGUCUCGGUACAAAGGGUCUAGUCAACAAACACUGUUGCUAUACCGACUACUGUAACAGCAUUGACCUCAAAGUGCCAUCUGGGACCACCCAGUCCGGACCCGAUGAAGAUAUAUGGCCCGGCGGAACGUGGGGGCUGGUCGAAUUAGUGGCUGUGAUAGCGGGACCACUGCUGCUGCUUUGUCUACUGCUAUUGCUCGGUGUCUUCCUGUGUCAAUACCAACGGAGGGCCUGCGGCCACAGACGUAGGCUUGAGGUGGAAGACCCCUCCUGCGACAACCUUUACAUGCCAAACGACAGGAGUCUGCAGGACUUUAUUUACGAUCUGUCGACAUCUGGUUCUGGCUCAGGCCUGCCACUGUUCGUCCAAAGGACCGUAGCCAGAACAAUUGUUCUACAAGAAGUCAUCGGAAAGGGGCGAUUUGGUGAAGUGUGGCGAGGACGUUGGCGGGGCGGCGACGUGGCGGUGAAAAUCUUCUCAUCCAGAGAAGAGCGCUCUUGGUUCCGUGAAGCUGAAAUCUAUCAGACCAUCAUGAUCCGCCACGAGAACAUCCUGGGCUUUAUAGCAGCUGACAACAAAGACAAUGGCACAUGGACCCAGCUGUGGUUGGUGUCCGACUACCACGAGUACGGCUCCCUGUUCGACUACCUGAACCGCUACUCUGUCACUGCUCAAGGGAUGAUCAAAUUGGCCCUGACUGCUGCCAGCGGCCUGGCACAUCUACAUAUGGAGAUACUUGGAACACAAGGAAAGCCAGGCAUCGCCCACAGAGAUCUGAAGUCUAAAAACAUCCUUGUGAAAAAAAACUGCACUUGUGCCAUUGCUGAUCUGGGUUUAGCUGUCCGUCACGACUCCGUAAGCGACACUAUUGACAUCGCUCCAAACCAAAGAGUGGGAACCAAGAGGUACAUGGCUCCAGAAGUCCUGGACGGCACGAUCAACAUGAGGCACUUUGACUCGUUCAAAUGUGCUGACAUUUACGCUUUGGGGCUUGUCUACUGGGAGAUUGCACGGCGCUGUAACAGUGGAGGUAUCCAUGAAGAAUAUCAGCUGCCCUACUACGAUCUGGUGCCCUCUGACCCUUCAGUGGAAGACAUGAAAAAGGUGGUGUGUGACCAAAAGACACGACCCAACAUCUCAAACUGGUGGCAGAGCUAUGAGGCGUUGCGGGUGAUGGGCAAAAUAAUGAGGGAGUGUUGGUACGCCAAUGGUGCCGCCCGCUUGACUGCCCUGCGGAUCAAAAAGAGUUUGGCCCAGCUUGGUGUCAAAGAGGACAUAAAAGUCUGAUCUGAGAGCAGCCAAGCGUCACCCCAUGACGCACUAAUAUGUGACACUUUCUUAGCAAGGACUGCAAAGUCAGUAGCUUUGCGGGUAUUUCGAAGCACUUGAUUCCUGACAAACCCUACCUCGUCUACCCAGAACCUGUCUGGUUUCCCCUCUGAAAAGAAGUAUCCCGGGGUUUUCUUAGCAGUCGAUGACAGCGAAUGUAUAACAAUUAAAACACAUUUUUCCAAGGAAUCAUUGAAGGCGAUAGGUGGAUUCACAGUGAUGUCCACAGUCAAAUAAUCUGUCCAGUACAAAAACUGGUUCCACUGCGGCACUGAUGCUUACCAGUGACAAGUUUCUUCAGGUCUUCAAGAGUGGACUGUUGAAGUGUAUGCACUGCCCACGACAACACACAUUGAUGACAUUGCACUGCCAUAAUAGUCAAUGUUUCUCACACAGAGAACAUGCACACAAAUCCAAGUUUUACGUCAUUACUUUGUUUUAAAUGUCACUUCAUCUCAUAGGAUAAAACUGGUUCAAACAUGUUGACUGUGUAAUUCAGGAUUGGGGAAGCUUUUUCCUAUCAGGGACCAUUUAAAUAUUUCCUCAAAAUUACCCCAAGACCCAUAUGAGGGGGCGGGUACAAAUUAUAAAUCUCUAUAGUUUGUAACAGUUACAUGUCAGGUCUUGUCAAAUGCUAUUCACAGCCACUGAAAUUGUUACAGUUACAUGCCACAGGUUCGCAAGAAGUAUAGAUAAAACAAAUCAGUGUUUAUGCUUUUAUUUUAUGAGCACAUUUAUGUGGAAUGCUCCUAUCGAAACAGUAAUUCUCAGAAAUGGUUUUGUUUCAGGGAACAGAUGCACUUUUGUCUUUUGCUGUAAUAUGUAUUGUCGUAUUUAUAUUCGUCUGCUAAGGAACAACCCCAAAAAACACUGUAUUACUACUGACCUCGCUGCAUGCCCCCAUACUCAUCUGUAACCUAUUUUUUAUAUUACUCCACUCGGCACUCAUGGUCAUGUGUGAAAAGAAAUGCUAAAACUGACUACUCUACACAAUGUAUCUGUAUCUGUCACAUGCACUGUAAAGGCUUGCGAGUGAUAUAUUUGAGCUUCUAAGGCAAUAAGGUUGUGUCCCAUUGUAGUUGCCUUAUAUUUAAUGUAAAUAUGCUUUGCCCCCUUGAUAGAGCAAUCAUUUGAGCCAAAAUGGUUUCUCUUGUGAUGUCUGUUUCUUCACCACACGGAACCUCAUAUACAAGUAAAUACAACAAAAAACGUCUCAAAGAACAUUUAUUGCUCUUCACAUUUGACAGCAGUUAAAAUACAAAAACUGCAUUUCCACACACUUUCAAAAAAUUAAAUGUAACCCAUUCUUUGCUCAUCCCCAGAAGGAAAAACAAUGCUAAACAUAUCAAAUACAACAUAAAUAAAUGAUCUGUCUUUGUUAAAUGUGACAAAAAUGAGAAAUGCCAAAGAUAAAAAGGCUUGGUUCGACCAUUUCUAUUAAAGUGUUAGACUUCUUCCCAAAGAACCUAAUUUCAGAGCGCUGUCAAGAGUAAUAUAUAUCCCUUUUUAAUAUUACAGUAGUAUGCGUAACAAAACAAUAUGUAGUCUUGGAAUUUAGAUGUAAAAAGUUAAAAACUGACAACACUAUACAUGGUAGAGUUUGUCACAAUCAUCCUGAAGCCGGAUGCACAGUUAGUAGUUAAAAUGACAGAUUGUAAGGUUCAUUUUUUACUUAACACAUCACAAACCCUGCCUUUUACGUAGUUCAAUUCAUACUUAAUACAUAAAACUUUUGGGGUCAGGCCAAAUUGACUAGUUAUGAUGUCAGUGUAUUUGUAUGAACAGGGAAGAGGGGAAAAAAUGUCACCUUUGAUGCCAAUUAAAAUAAA